AUAUAGUUGGUACUCAUGGUUGUGAGAAAUAAAAUUAAAUGUUGAAGGCAAGGCUUGUAGGGGAUCUCCUGGUUUUCUGCUGCCUAACUAAGUAAUAGUUUUGUGGAGUUCUAGCCAUUUCAACUGUAGAGACUAUGGAAAACGUCUGACUUUUGGUGCUUAUUAAUUUGGAGCAUGUAGUAUAACUUUUGGCCGUGCCGUAAGCUAGUGUCCUGUUGAGUGGUAGUGCUACAAGUUUUGAUCCAUUAGGCUUUUACUUUUCCUUAAAAAUUGAAAUGGCAUGCUGUCGCUGGUGUUUUGGUUUGGUAGCUUUUGGUAUUGGAAUAAUGGCUGGAGCUGUGUUGUCGCAGUUGGUGGUGCCUAAUAUUGUAAACAUUGUUCAACCUUUGAGUGCCGCAAAUCAAACUGGUGCUAGCAAUGAAUCUUCAAACACCAAAGAACUGGAGCAAUUUUUUAAGACUGUUUACACUGUCCCAGAUUUUUUAUUCAACGUCUCUAAGGUUGUUAGUGUCAAAGUAAGGAAAUGGGGUGAAGAUACUGCAAAUGAAGUAAAGCAGUUGGAGAAGGAUGUGGUCAAUGAAGUGCGCAUAAUUUCUCGUGACAUUGCAAACUUGCAUCUUGUUUCUGACAAAUGCGUUUGCCAGGGCUAUACUUGCGGCUGCUGUGCCCACUUGGAGGAAGAUGAGAUUCAUCUCAAUAGCACAAUCUGUGUCAAUGUUUCCUACUUGCCAAAGGAUUAUGGUGUUUCUUUUGUGAUGACACUAAAUGAGUAUGUGCUGUACAAUGAAACUAUAUCAGUUAGGAAUCCGCCGCCUGUAUGUAUUGGAAUGCCUUUUGUGAAGGAGUUUGCAGAGCUGUGCGCCAGACUGUACGACGUAGAUGCCAAACCUACAAAGCUUCAUGCAUGUGUUGGAGUUGAAGCACGGUUGAGACAUGUUCUGAUAGCCAAGUACAAUUUGGGUUGUUUCACGAUUGGAAACCCAGAAGAGUUGUUACGUGAAUUGGAGGAUUCCUUUGAGCCGUCUGUCAUUCGCAUUUAAGGACUAAAUUUUUGUAGUGUUUUUUUAUGUGUGAUGGUUGUAAAUUUUAAUUUUUCUUAUAAAACACAAAAAUUAAAAAUUUAAUUCAGAGAA